AUGCAGAUGAUGCAAGAAAAGGCGGCAACCCCGGAGGAUAUGCAGGUCCAGAUGCAAGCCUGGAUGGAAUGGGCUGGCCGGUGCGGCGAAGGUCUGCUUGAAAUGGGCGGGCCCAUGGUUGGAAACCUGAAGUUGACCAAUGAGGGCGGCUUUCCCAGCGACAAGAAUGUAGUGGGCUACUCGGUUUUACAGGCCGAAGAUAUGGCCGGGGCGCAAGCCAUGCUGGAAGGUCAUCCACACCUGGGGCUGGAUUCCAGUUGCGAGAUUGAAACCCACGAGGUUAUGCAGAUGCCGGACAAGGCGUGA